AUGACGUUGCGCGAAUGGUUUUAUAUUUUUAUCUUUGUAAUUUUUGUAGGUAUCAAGCAUUUGUUAUUAAUCAGAGAUAUAUUGAAAGAUACCAACUUUGAUGAGACAAAAUGGUAUGACCUUGGACUAUCACUCAAUAUUUUGCAGCCACAACUCAAUUCAAUAAAAGAUGGCUACCCCAGAGACCCUCAUCAGUGCCUCCUGGAGUGCUUGAGCUUGUGGCUCAAAUUUGAGAAUCCUCUCCCUCAGUUAUUGGAAGUUGCUGUAAAAAGUAUUGCAAUUGUAGCUGCUGAAAAAAUUCACAAAAUAUUGGUAAAUCCUGCUAGUCAAAUCUUAUUGUGCCAUCGUAGUAAAUUUACUUGGGUUGCCUUACCUCCUAAAUUGCUUAUGUUGUUGCGUUCGGAGGGAGUGAUAUCAAAGAAGACCGAGUCUAAAAUAAGACGGGGUGGAAAUUUGCUUGUUGAUGAGCCUUUCAGAUCUAUUUGUGUUACAGUAGCUGAAAAUCAGAAAAAGUUGAGAGUACUGGCUGAUGCCUUGCAAACAUUUGAUGGAACAGUUGCUAUCGGCAGAGAAAUACUUGAAGAUUACAGCAAGUAUUUUGAUAAUAAUGUACACAUGACAAUUUUACUGAUAUUAGCUGUGAAUCAAUUCAAAGUAAUGAAUCAGAUGUAACAUCUACACAACCACAAU